AUGGCAACGCUGAUCUUCAUUGACAAGGAGAAUGGUGAAGUUGGCGCUGCUAAGAAUCAGCUACGGUUCCCUUCGGGAUCUUCGAAAGUCUUAUCUGAAAGAACACAAGUUAACACUCCGCUUCCUAAAAAAGCAAUCAGUACAUCUCCAGCCACAUCUCAGUCUGUCAGAAAGGCUCUUGGAAAUGUGAAUAGAACUGAAGAAGUCACGAGCAAGAUGGAAAAGAUAAGACAGAAAAAUCAGCCUUGCGCUGCAAACAAAAUUACUGAAAAGACUGCUGGAUUAGAAAGUUGUGAUGCAGUGGCUGAAGAAGACUGGCCAGAAAUAGAAAAUAUGUUUCCUUUUGACCCUCGAGACUUUGAGAGUUUUGAUCUUCCUGAGGAGCAUAAAGUAAGCAACAUCAACCUCCAUGGUGUUCCUCUCAUGAUAUUUGAGAGGACAUACGACAGAUGCGUGAACAUGGUUCCUUCACCUGUGAAGAUCGAAGAUAUUUCAUGGGAGUCUAACUUGCUACAAUCGACUGCUGACUUCCUUGCUACCCUUGAUGAGAUCAUUGACAUGCCACCUCCGAAUUAUGACCUUUAA